CGGGGUCAGCAGCCUGGAACCUGGACCGAUGGAAGGGGGAUCUGUGGGACACCUGUGGUAUCGGAAUGCCCGCCCAUUACAUUAACCGAACAGCUUGGAGACUCGCCCAAUGUCCUCGACCAUUUCCAUGAGUGGCAGGCAGGGGGAGGACUUAUAUUCUGUCGCUCGCGGAAGAUUCCCAUGGCAACCAUCUUCACAACCCAUUCCACUCUGUUGGGACAAUACCUCUGUGCCGGAAAUGUGGUCUUCUACAACAAAUUGGACAAGAUAUGGUGAUGCCGAACGGAUUGAACAUCAAGAAGUUCUCAGCCAUGCACGAGUUCCCAGAACCUUCACUCCACUAACCAGGGUCGGAUUCAGGAAUUUAUCAGGGGACACUUCGAUGGGUGCAUAAGAAUAACGUCACAGUGGGGAUUUUCUUCAUCAUGCCAGCCAAGACCAACAACUUUAACGUGGAGAUGCUGAAGGGACAGGCGAUGCGCAAACAGCUCUGAGGAGACAUCCCUGAUAUGGACACCAUCCUGGACAGAGACGACUUCACCAUCAUGACGAGAGCCAUCUAUGCCACACAGAGACACACCCUUCCUCCAGUGACCACUCACAGCAUGCGGGAUGACACCUCUGACCCUAUCCUGGCCAACGUGAGACGCGUCGGCCUCUUCAGCGCUUGCACUGACCGAGUCAAGAUAGUGUUCCACCCAGAGUUCCUGUCCUCCACCAGCCCCCUGCUUCCUAUGGACAAUGAGGAGUUUGUACGAGGCUGUUGCCUGGAGGUCUUCCCUUCUUACUACGAGCCCUGGGGAGACACACCAGGGAUCUACAUAGUGGACCGGCGGUUCCAUUCGGCAGAUGACUCGUGUAACCAGCUAACCCAGUUCAUGUUCGGGUUCUGCCAGCAGUCCAGACGACAGCGCAUCAUCCAGAGGAACCGCACAGAGAGGUUGUCGGACCUGCUGGACUGGGACGGUUCUUCAUGCACACCCGGAGCCUGGCUCUCAGCAGGGCUUUCCCUGACAAGAUGGAGCCGCUGGCCCCUCAACAGUGCACUCUACCCCCCACCACAGUGAUGAGGAGGAUGAUGAUGAAGAGCCAUAUGAUGAAGAUAAGGAGUCAGAGCGGGACAGGCAGAACAUCAAAGCCCCCUUCACUCUGGGUGUCACGCCCGAGGGCAAGAAGACACACCCAGGAGAAACUGCCAACUGAGAGAUCUCUCGCUACUAGCCUGGUAUGGCCAACCCUGGUCCUUGAUAGCUGCAGUAUGUGCAGUUUUUUGUUCCAGCCCAGAACGUACAAUAUUAGAUCUGUUGUAGGGACACUGAGCCUUAAGCAGCUGUUACACAUACUACCUAUGUAUAAUUUCUAAGAGAAAAUACCUAUUAUUUUGAUGAUAAAAGUCCCCUCACGCCCAUAGGAAAUGAGACAUGAAUAGUUUAAUCAAUAGUUAUAUAUCAGGAAUUGCAGUGAGAGGUCUCUCUCUCUUUAUAGCCUGGGAUGGCCAAACCUAGUCCUGAACACAUUACUUCUAUGAUCAGAUACCCUUAGACAAGUGUUGCUAUGAAUUCAAAAUAAUUUUAUUAAACAUUGUAUUAAAUAAUACGUUCAAACAUUUCAGUGUAGCCGUACUUAGAGACCAGUGUUUUUCUCACAUUGCAUUAAAUAGUCUACAUCCAACAACAAGAGAUCAACAGAUGCAAUAGAUUAGAAUGUUAUCAACAAUAAUAAAUACAUUAUAAAAAUA